ACCUUGUGCUAACAGCCUACCGGUAGGCUACUUCAUUUACUAGAGCAUACCGCCACCCUCUGGAUGGGUAACUUUUUGGACAACAUAGAAAAAUUGUCUCAGUGCUUUUUGGAAGAAAGUCAGACAUAAUUCCACGGGAAAGCCCUUGGAGGGAUGGUGUUCAUCACAACAUGGAAACAACCAGAAAUGUCUUUGUAAUUGUGCUUCUAAAUGUCUUCUUUUUUCGGAUUUACAGCCAAGAACUAAAUCCCAGAGGUAGAAAUGUAUGCGAAGCUGGGCUCCAAUGCUGUAGUGGCUUCGCACAGCAAGGAGAUGAGUGCUUAAUACCAAUUUGUGAGAGUAACUUCACCUGCAAAGAGAAUGAAGUUUGUGUGCGACCCAACGAAUGCCGCUGUCGUGCUGGUUAUUUUGGAGCCACUUGUGACAUGAAAUGUCCGUCCCAGUUCUGGGGACCUGACUGUAGGGGUAAGUGUGACUGCCAUCCCAACGGGAGUUGCGAGGAUGUCACUGGGGCCUGCACCUGUAACCCUAAUCGCUGGGGGCCAAACUGUGAGAGAGCCUGUGAUUGCCAGAAGGGCCAAUGCAACCAGGAGACAGGCGCUUGUACGUGCUACGCAGGCUUCUGGGGCUCCCAGUGCUCCACCAACUGUCACUGCAGCAUCAACUCUGUGUGUGAUGUGGGAACGGGCCAGUGCCACUGCAACCCCGGCUGGUAUGGAAGGAACUGUGGUGCUCAGUGUGCCUGCAACGGUUCUCCGUGUGACCAGCUCACCGGGCGCUGCAGGUGUCGACUGCGUUUGUGGGGUACUCACUGCGAGCGCAUGUGUCAGUGUAUCCAUGGACGCUGUAACCAGGCGGAUGGAUCGUGCACCUGCAGGCCAGGAUUCAGAGGGAGGUUUUGCAGGGAGCCGUGUCCAGCUGGGUUCUACGGACAGAAUUGCAGAAACAGGUGUGGACACUGUAAAGGCCAGCAGCCCUGCAAGGUGGCAGAGGGACGUUGCGUUGCAUGUGAACGCGGUUGGAAUGGCACCAGGUGUGACCAGAUGUGUGCUCCUGGGUUCUUUGGUGGAAACUGCAAGGACGUUUGCUCACCCUGUAAAGAUGGACACUUCUGCAACCUCAUCGACGGCAAUUGUCCCCACUGCAACCCUGGUUGGAUGGGUGAUCGAUGUGAGCUCAAGUGCCUGAAUGGAACCUAUGGAGAGAACUGUGUCAAUAACUGCAACAGCUGUUUCAAUGGGAUGUGUCACUUCGCUACAGGAGAGUGUCUCUGUGACCCUGGCUUCUCUGGUGCCUACUGUAAUGUGAGCUGUUCAGAGGGUCCGUAUGGGGUUAACUGUACCCAGAUCUGUUCCUGCCAUGACAACAACUGCAACACAGUGACUGGAGCAUGCAACCUACAGCCGAACCAGAGGAUGGGUGUGAUGGCAGCAGGGGUGCUGGUCACCUGUCUCCUCCCCCUGCUCCUCUCCUUGUUGUGUUGCUGCUGUAUCUGUAGACAGAACAAACAGAACGACCCUGAGAAAAAAUCCAAAAGACUCUGUGAAGGGUUUACACGAAUCAGCUCUAAGCUUCCAUGCAUCCCACUGAGACGGCAGAAGCUACCCAAAGUUGAUGUGUCCCACUAUAACCAUGAGAAUACUUUCAACUGUAGUUUCAUCGAGCGCCCCUCCGCAGCGGAGCAACCCACCACCUGCGGGACGUCCCGAGCCUCCUCUUCCGCAGAGACCACAGAGGAUGGACAUGUCUAUGCUGUCCCUGACCAACCUGGAGAACAGAACAAAAAUAAAGGGAACAGAAUCGACACAACAGAGACUAGAGUAUUGGCUGAUUAUGAUGAUAUCUCUGAGGUAGACACAUUGCCGGAGAACAUGGCCAUGACUAUGCAGGUCUCAGUUAACAUCAGUGAGCUGCCACUCCAGAAGUCCUCAGAGAAUGAGGGCUCCUGCAGUGGCACAGAGUCAGCCAACAGCAUCCGCCUCCGGGCCCAUGCUCCGCAGCCACCCCAGCAGUCCAGCAAGGAGAACAGUGUAGUGUCAAACACUGUCAAAGACAAUGCAAAGCCUACAGCUGCUGAGAGGGUUAAACCUCUACCACCAGACUCCUCCACAAAGCCAAAGCUAUCCUGGGUCCAUGCAUCUCCUGGGCCGAAACAGAAUAAUAUAAGUCAGGAAAAGACUGUGGCUGAGGAGAAAACGAGUUCCAGGAAGAAAGCCAGCAAGCAGCAAGCUCCCAAUGCCGCAGAGUCAUGUACAGAUGGGGCUGGCUUCCAAGGGGAGAAGAAGCCAACUAAAAGCAGAUCUGGUAUGUUGCAGAUAGAGCACAUCAAUGGGGCAGUGCAGAGUGUCCUCAGGAAAAUGGGCAACUUCCGUGCUGACCAGAAGCCUGAAAACCAAAGAGAGUCCGCAGAGAAGAGCCCCAGUUCAUCCCUAAACAGGGAGGUUAACCAACUGAACAUACACUCGGAGGCAGCCUCUCUCUUAGCUGCUCAGCUGAAGGAAAAGACUCAGCGCCUGAACAGGAGUGAGACCGGCUGCUGUGAGGAGAGCCUGUCUCACCUCCAGUCCCAUAGAAAGAAGCCCACCUUGCCCCAAAAGACUGGAGCAAAGGCUCUGCUUCCCACAUCCGCUAGUUCACAGAAGCCUCUGCCAGAUACGCCAUCUAAAGAAGCCAAAAUCCCAGAGAAACAGGACUCUCACCACUCUGAAAGCAGUUCAGAGAAGGGAGACUCCACAGUAAAGAAGGACCCAAUGACAAAGCCUCCUCGAAAAAAAACUAGGAAGGAAAUAUAGACUCAAAAACAAAGACUAUUGCUCCAAGGGUUGCAGUGACGCCACCUCAGGCUGCAAGUUAGUGUGGUCAGUGUUGUUGAUUUUCAAUUCUGAGAAAACAACGCACAUUUUGAGAUGUCUGAAAUAUUUUUUGGGACACAUUUGUUUCAUUGUGUUUUGCACCAAAUCGAAUAUCGAUGGAAUAUUUUCCCUUCUGUGGGUGUUUUUCAUCUUGAGAAAUGUUAUGAUAUAAUGCAGUCUUUCUAUUUUAGCAUUUUAUUUUCCUAGCUAUUCUCAAAUCCAUGUAUUGUAUAACAGUGAGUGCUAGGAGGUCUGAAUACUUAUUUAUCUUGAUCAAUCGUCAUUAUUGUACCCAACAUUUGCUAAUUUGCUCAUAUUGAAUAAACCAAACACCCCAAAA